AUUCAAUACUUGUCUGAAACUUCCUCCCAUUUCUAAAACUAGGACAUCUAUCAACUUCUCCCCAUUUCUAAAAUAAACACAUCCAUCAUGAGUUCCUCAGAUUUCUCAUCGCCUGGAGGAGAAGAAGAGAUGGAAGAGUUAUUAUGUUUCACUACCAUCGUUUGGCUUUAAUCGGGCGGAGGCUUGAGGAAACUUUAUCCUCACGUCAUCGUUCAACAAGUCGCACUUAAAUUGAUCGUGAAAUGGUCCCUCAUUCCUAGUGCAUGCAAUCAAUUGAUCCAAUCAUACUAGUGAAUCUGCGUUAUGAGGCUUUACGAAGUAGGAUCCUUAAAUCAGCAAGAGUUGGUGCACGAAGGUAUGUCGGCUCGUACAUCCCCACUAUGGCUCUGCAAAACUUCCUGAAGACUUCCAGUACAGUGCUCUGACACAUACACACGUAGUCAUCAAGUUGAUCAACUGGAGAGUCAUAAGCUAGCAUGUGCAGUGCACUAGUAAGCUUUUGCUCCGACAAUAGGUCUAAGUGACCAACGACAUCACUCUUUCGUGCAAAAGAGGGAUCAUAUCUCACAAUGUCACCCAUUAUGCGAUUGAAUAGUCGUGGUUUCAUCCAAAAAUGCCUUCUUAAUAUGCAGGCAUCGUAUGUUGGAUUUGGAUUGAAGUCAUCCUGCAUAAGAUGGUCAUGACCUGGGACCCUUUCACGAUCAAUGAAGUGCGACUUGUUGAACGACGAGGUGAGGAUGAAGUUUUCCUCAAGCCUCCGCUCGAUUAAAGCCAAACAAUGAUAGUGAAACAGAUUCAACUCUGUCAUCUCUUCUUCUCCUCCAGACGAUGAGAAAUCUAAGGAACUCAUUAAUGGAUGUGUUUGUUUUAGAAAUGGUGAGAAGUUGAUAGAUGUGUGUGUGUUUUAGAAAUGGGAGGAAGUUUCAGACCAGUAUUGAAUGGAUGACCAAUGAGGGAUUUGUAUUUAUGGACGAACAUAUCCAAAUGUGUCUUACCUAACAUUCAUACCUAACAUGUGCUACCUAACUGCCUUCCCUACCGGUCAUAUCCUAAUGGUAACAUCUAACGGUCAUAUCUAACGGGCAUUAAAUUUUCUAUAUAUUCAGACAUCCUCUACACUCUCUACAAUUCAUUCUUACUGAAGUGCACCAUCCUUCCUAUCAUCUUUCAUUAUCUAAAAACCAAAUAAUGACUAGUAAGAGAGGAGAGGUUGGAAAGCGGAGGAAGAUAAGAACUUGUGCAAUUCUUGAGUCACGAUAUCAGAAGAUGGAGUUGUAGGCGUCAAUCAAAUUUUUGGGAUAGAGUGGACAUGCAAUUUCAAUUGAACGGUCCAAACACAACUCGUACUAUCAAAAGCAUGGUUAAUCGAAUGUGUAUCAUCAGCAAAUUGUGCAAGUGUGGAGUUUAGCUAUCCAAAGGGCAGAGAGGAAUCAACAAGAUGUGGUAUGAAUUCUCUAACACCAUCAUUGUUAUUUUCUAACUCAUUCAUUAGUAUGUGUGUUAUAUUUUCUAACUCAUUUUCCAACUCAUUCAUUAGUACGUAUAAGAGUAUAUGAAUAGCUGGAUAAAGUGAGACUUGCGCCUAGGGUUGGACUCUUAAUCAUUGUUGGCGGAUCUUGAAAAAAUGUCAAAAAUUUCAUACCCUGAUAACAAUGUCGUCUUCCAUUCAUCCCAUGAGUCAAGCUUCACAGCAAAGCCGCAAGAGUCAAGGUUCUAAUGGUUCUCCAAUGGGUCGUGGUUAUCAAUCAACCCCACUGACAGACCUCAAUGACAUAGCAAGAGACGAAGAAACUCCACCCUUCGUCAUAUCUCACCCUGCUAGAAGCGACAAACAGAAAGUUGCUAAGAAGAAAGGAAAGAGGGUUGUUGAGUCAUCAGAGAGCUACACUGCUCAAUUGCUGGACUGUGGAAGUGAGUUGAAGCAGAGGCAAGCUUCGAGGGAGGGAAUUCAAAGAAAAAAAAAUCGAAGCGUGAAGAAAAAAGUGGGAUCUUGAGAAAAGGGAGAGGGAAGAAAAGUGGGAACUUGAGAAAAGAGAGAGGGAAGAAAAGUCGGAAAACAUUGAUCUUCUUGAAAGGGACUUGUCGAAGUUGACACGAAGAAAAAGAAAGUAUUGGAGAAAUAACAAAACGUGCUUUUAGGGUAUGAUCAAGAUGAUCCCAAUUGUGUUCCCAACCAUUUAUCCAACGCAAGUUAGACUGGAGGAGGAGAUGGAAGUGGAGGAGGAGAUUACGAGAAUUAUUAUUCUCUUAUGGGCGAUUAUUGACAUAUUAUGUGUUUUAUCUUUAUCAUUUCAAGUGCGGUGUGUAAUCUUGAACCUUUAUUAUUUUCCAGUGGUGUGUGUAAUCUUUAACCUUUAUCAUUAUCAAGUGUUGUGUGUAACCUCUGAGUUGUAUCAUUUGAAUUCUUAUGUGAACUCUUUCAGCUUUAUCGUUAUUAAGUGUUGUGUGUAAAGAAAAAUUAGAUCAAUCAUUUUUUGCCAAAAAAAAUUGUCUCGGAACUUGGGAAAAUUCUACAUGAAAUUUUGUAUUAAAAAUAAUGACAAACUAUACAAAAAUUUACAUGGCCUUAAUUCGCCACGUUAGAGUUGGAAAUUCGCCAUUAAUGACGACAUCACAAAACUUUGGGACUCCAUUGGAGUCAGCCUAAUGGAAUAAUGUGUCACCUUCCCAAGGAAAAUAGAAUGGAUUGGCAACUAGCACAUUUUCACAAUCCACUGCUUGUUGCAAAUCAUGGAAACUUCAGAGGCUCGGACUAAACUAAAAAGUGAAUUGUCGUCGUAAUAUACUAGUAGCAUAGUUUUGUUUUGGUUUGUAAUUUGGUAAACUGAAGUUUUUCGACGAUUCUAGCGAUUGUUGGUUAGAACGAGUUGAAUAAUACGACGACAAUUACAGGUUAAAAAACGAAGUCCUUUUCUUUUUCUCCUCUAUGUUUUUUAAUGAUAUACUAGAUAUGUCUUCAUGCUUGUGCUUUGUGGCGAGUGAAAGAUAGCAUUGUAAAUAUGUCGUAUGAAAGAGUUAGUAAAAUAUAACUCAUACGAAAUAACUUUAAGAACGACAAGAAAAACAUUAAAAUAUUAUGGUGAGGUUUGUAAUAAUUUGCUAUCGCUGGCCAUUGAAGUUAUGAAUUAGAAAAAGACGAUCUACAUAUUUGGAGCUAGAAAAUUUUUAAAUUUAUGAAGUUCGAGCAUUUAAAAUGGAAAAGAACAAAGAGAAAAAUGACGGACGAAUAUAGCAUCUGGUUCUAUUGGUUCUGGUGCCACUUUCGCCAUUUUAACAGAGAACUAGAAAGAGAUGACUAAAAAUGUCAAACCAAAUUUGAACAAAUUGAUUGAUUUCAGCACCAAAAGUCCAAAACAACAAAAAAUAUACAUACUAAGCUAUGUAAAAUUAGGAUUAAAAAAAAAAUGGAAAAAGAUGUAAGAAUGAAAAAUAAACUAAUUAAACAUAAAAGUAAAAGUAAAAGGAUAUAAUUAAAAGAACUCACAUAACCAUAUAACAAAUGACCUUGAAGUUA